AUGCCUUCCAAUACUGCAGCAUGGCAGCCCAAGCCCGGCGUUCCUCUCGAAAUCAAGGAUACACCCUACACUUCUCCUCCUGCCGACUACCUUACCAUCAAGCACCGUGCGAUCGCUCUGAACCCGAUCGACUUCAAGCUACAAGAUAUUGCCAUAUUUCCAUUUCUAGCCUACCCGACGAUCUUGGGCUUGGACGUUGCCGGUGAAGUGGUCGAAGUCGGCAGUGCAGUCUCGAAAUUCAAGCCAGGCGACAGAGUAUUAGCUGUGGCUGGAGGCGUUACUGCCAAUACUCCUUCCGGCUCAGCUUUCCAACAAUACAGCGUUAUUUACGCAAACAUGGUCACCAAGAUCCCGGACAGUCUCUCCUAUAUUGACGCCGCUGUCAUGCCUCUGGGCAUUGCUACCAGCGCUUGUGGUCUCUUCCAGAAGGAUCACCUCGCUCUGCAUUCUCCUUCUCUCACUCCCAAGUCUACUGAACAGACAUUGCUGGUCUGGAGCGGUGCUUCCAGCGUUGGCGUCAACACCAUUCAACUUGCACGGGCCGCAGGGUACGAAGUCAUCGCCACAGCCUCGCCCAAGAACUUUGAGCUCGUUCGUAGUCUGGGUGCCAGCGAAGUUAUCGAUUACAACCUGGAUCCAGCAACUCUACUCGAGCAGCUCACCAAUGCAUUCAAGAAAAGAACCAUCGCUGGCGUUCUGCACACUGCCGGAGAUGCUCAGAGCUCCAUGUCUAUAUGUGCGGACCUCUUCUCCAAAGUCGACGGCAACAAAUUCUUCACGACCACUGUGACUCUACCCGUAGAUAUCCCCGCCGGCUUCAGAUACAGUCGUGUCUUUGCAGGUACAAUAAAGGAUAGCGGUGUUGCCGACAUUGUCUUUGGGGACUUUUUGCCCCAAGCAAUCGCAGGAGGGAAGUACAAGCCGGCACCUCAGGCUGAAGUCGUUGGCACAGGGUUGGAAUCUUUACAGAAAGGCCUGGAUAUCUUGAGAAAGGGUGUUUCUGCUCAAAAGCUUGUUGUCACUCUCGACUAG